GCCUACACGAAGGAAAUCAAAUUCUUAGCGGCCUGCUAAAUUCAACUCCUCGCGUCCCCAUUCAAUACGAACGACCAACCUCUGAAGGCUGAUUCUCAAUUCUCAGGAACUGUAGGAGUAAGAAAUGAGUCAAAGAAAUUCUGUAAAUGGGAGGCCAAUUGGAACAGAUGGUUCCGAUUUCUCAUACCGUAUGGUCGUCGAUUCCAGGUACAAAAAGGUGACUGAAGGAAAACGCCGUCUAGGCAACCUGAUCUUAUCCCAGGGAUUUAUUCAAUUUGGAGCUGCAGUAGUUCAUUUUCUACCCACAUUGGAAGGGGGAAGUCUUGAUAGACUUUCGGUUUCCUCUAGCAUAAUUUUCUUUCUUUCUCUUUUAAUAGGAGAAUUGGGUCGGAAACGCAGCCGUGUUAACCUUUUGAAGCUGUAUUUGUUUGGAUCAUUCGUUGCUGCUCUUUUAUCAAUUGCUUUUCUCCUUAGUAAUGAGAAAACUUUCGAGAUUAUCAAAGAUUUGACUAGGUGGGAGGCAUCAAGGUCUGAUAUCUACAACAUUACUCCCGUUUUAGCAGGUCUCCUGGUUCAGAUAUUUGCUCUUGGAGAGACGAUCUCUCUCAUCCAAAAUAUGGCUCCUCCCAAGAAGGCAUCUUGAUGCUUCUUUAUUUAUAUAUAUAAUGAAAUAGAGUUAAAAUGACGUUCCUGGUUUCGCGACAUUUAUAUGGUGGUCUCGCAUAAUUAAUAAUAACCAAUUUCUCUCUCACCUUUCAUUAUAGACUGGUUGCGUUUUCUACAAGAUAAUUUUGGAGAAUGAGUGUAGUUUCAUGUACUUGCCUUUCGAUUGUUAAUCAAGAAAUACUUUCAUUUGUACUGAAUUUUGGAAUAUGAGUGUAGUUUUAUGUACUUGCCUUGUGAUUGUGAAUCAAGAAAUACUUGCAUUUGUACUGCAACGACCUUAAAACGCUGCUAAAAAGUGUCAGAUUGUUGGGCCUCAAGUUCAAUUGCAUUCUCGGCUGUGUAUGAAGACCAUAUGUUGCCAAAAUUUCAUCU